UCGACCUUGUAUUCAGCAUACACCAUCCUGUAUUCCACACCAUACUUUAUUUCGACCAUGGCGCUGAGCACACUGGAGAGACAGCUUCUGCUGGGGCAGACGGUGGAUCGGAGCGCAGACGCACAGACGGAUCAGAGCGCAGAGGCGCUGGCAGCGCUGCUGAGCCAGGGUCAGUAUGAGCAGGUUUUGCGGUCGGAGGCAGCGCAGUAUCUAUUCCGUACGCUGGCCGCAGACGAGGACGUGACGGCGUCGUCCCUGCAGGCAACAGCGCAGCAGCAGGCGCAGCAGUUCACCACGCAGCACGGGGCCGCAGGCUGGGCAUCACUGACGUGGAUCGGAGCAGCAGCACUGCAGGCAUUCAUCCAGACGAACUGGACGGGCCCCGAGUUCCUAAUGGACCCGGCAGAGCUUUUACUGGCCGUGGCAGACAAGUACAAGGAAGGGUUUAUUGCAGCCGCGCCUACAGAGCUGCCCGAAGGCACUUCCAAGCACGAGAUCGGGCGACGCGACCAGCUGGGACGCGUGUAUCUGGGAGCGGAGCAGAGCAAGGAGCGGGCGGCGCUCGACCAGUCGCUACUGGAGAUGUUGGCAGCCGACGGCGAGGAGGCGUAUACGCUGACGCCGCGGCCGCUGUUUCUGGCACUUGCCCGCUGGCUGCUGGUGGACAUGGCGUGCGAUGAGCGCGACCAGGCGGUAGGCAGCGCAAGGUGGUGGGCAUCCCGUGUUUUGCUCGCACAGCAGAGCCUUUUGGAGUACCCGGCCCAGUCGCUGCUGGACCAGAUCAUGGACGGCUACAGUGCUGUGGAGCAGCAGAUGCCGGCGGCGCCUGCCGAGCCGGUGCCGGAGCUGGGCGAGGACAGCGUGGUGGAGGUGCAGGAGACGGUGCAUGAGCCGAUGAGCCGGUCGGCGGCGACCCACACAUGGGAUGCGGUGGGGGCGGGCGACCGCGAGCUGUGGGCAAGGCUCAGCAUGGAGCACGGGGUGGCCUAUGCGCAGCACCAGAUGACGCGGGACGCGGUGCAGCAGCUAACGGCAGCGCAGGCGGCCAGCGGGCUGCAGUGGGAAAUCACAGGCGCCAAGGGCAAGCGCACGCGGUUCCAAGAGUUCGACACCGCGCAGCUGGUGCUGCUAGCGCAGAGCGCCCAGCCGGCCCGCAAGGCAGAUCAGGGGGCGGCGCCCGAGAGCUUUGCGCUGAACGACGACACGCUGCUGGAGCAGAUUGCAUUCACGGAUCUGGACAUAUCGGGGCAGCAGCAGCUGCGGGGGCUGGACGCGAGUGUUUUGCUGGCGCUGUGCCUGAAUGUGCAGAACGAAAACCCGGCCCAUGGUCUGACGUCCGAGCAGAUGAUGCCGUUUGUGCGGUCGCGGCUGGAGGCAGCCAAAACCCGCACUGUGGAGCGCGCGACGCUGCAGCUGCAGGCCCUGGUCGACCAGAUCUCGCACCCGCUGCCCGAGGCCCACGAGGCAGGGCCAUGCGAGCGCCUGCAGUUCUUCCAUGCGCUGGCGCUGCCCAGCCAGUGGGAGCUGGAGCGCGAGCUGGCCAAGCAGUUCAUGGCCCUGGGCGUCGUGCGCUCGGCCCUGGAUAUCUUUGAGCGCCUGCACAUGUGGGACGAGGUCAUCGCGUGCUACCAGAUGCUGGGCCAGGAGGAGGUUGCUGAGCGCAUCAUCCGCGAGCAGCUCGACUUGGCCCCGAGCCGCCCCAAGCUGUGGUGCCUGCUGGGCGACCUCAAGCAGGACCCGGCCCACUGGCGCCACGCCUGGGAUGUCUCGGGCUGCCGCUACGCCCGCGCCAUGCGCUCGCUGGGCGCCUACCAUUUCGCGCGCAGCGAGUUCGACGACUCCGUCGCGUGCUACAAGCACGCGUUGAAGCUCAAUCCGCUGUUCGAGCGCUCGUGGUACAUCCUGGGGUGCGCGGCGCUCAAGACCGGCGACUACGACACCGCGCGUGACGCCUUCCAGCAGGUGGUCCAUAUUGACUACGAGAACUCGGAGGCCUGGAACAACCUGGCCAGCAUCCACAUGCGGUCCAAUGACGCGUCACAGCGCCAGCAGGCGUGGUAUGCGCUGCGCGAGGCCCUGAAGGGCAAAUACGACUCGUGGCAGAUCUGGUCCAACUUUUUGACCGCAUCCAUGGCGCUGGACCAGAUCGGCGCCGCCAUCCACGCCCUGGACCGUAUCGUGCAGCUGCGAGCCGAGAAGGACGGCGCUGCCUGCGUCGACCUGGACAUAUUGCGGGGGAUCAUCUCGUCGCUGACACGCGGCACCUUGACACGUAAUGACAAUGAGCGCGAGGCCCGCCGCAAGGAGCAGCAGUACUCAAAGUACAUUGAGCACCUGCUGGUCAAUGCCAUCGAGGCCAAGAUCACCAACUCCGCCCCGCUGUGGCGCGCCAUGGCCGACUUUUGGUUCUGGCGCCGCGACUACAAGCACUGCCUCGACUGCUACAUCAAGGCGUACCGCUGCUACUCGCAGAUGCCCCAGGUGUCCUACGCCCCGCCGGUCUUCAAGGAUGCCGUCGAUGCCGCCCUGGAGCUUGCCGACAUGUACGAGAACCUCGGCGACAAGGUGCAGGUUGUCAAGGCCCCUCCUGCCCAAGACGGCCAGCAGCAACACGACCAGGAGGUCGCGGUGACGACCAGCGCAAGGCCGCUGCCAUCGAGCAGCCCGGGCCUGAUUGGCAAGGGCAAGGGGUCGUUUGAAGGCACCCCGGACUACGAGCGGCUCGUUGAAGCACUGAAGGAGCUCCGCCAGGCCUGA